AUGUCCCGUGUCAGCCUUUGGGCAACGAUCGUUCUGCUGGCCCAGCUGGGAAAGGUCUGUGGGGAUUGUUGGCUGAUCGAGGGGGAGAAAGGCUACGUUUGGCUAGCCAUCUGCAGCCAGAACCAGCCCCCUUACGAGGCCAUCCCUCAGCACAUCAACAGCACCGUGCUGGAUCUCCGGCUCAACGAGAACAAGCUCAAACUCCUCCUGUACAGCUCCCUCAGCCGCUUCGGUAACCUGACCGACCUGAACCUGACGAAAAAUGAGAUCAGCUACAUCGAAGACGGCGCCUUUUUGGUUCAGUCGAACCUGCGCGUGCUGCAGCUGGGCUACAACAGGUUGACCAACUUGACCGAGAAUAUGCUCCGGGGCCUCACCAGGCUGGAGUACAUGUACGUCCAGCACAACCUGAUCGAGAGCAUCUCGGUCAACAGUUUCUGGGAGUGCCCCAACCUCAUCAGUAUUGACCUGUCUGCCAACCGGUUGGCGAAGCUGGAGAGCAACACCUUCACCAGUCUCAGUGGCCUUAUGGUGUGCGAGCUGGCGGGUAAUCCUUUCAAUUGCUCCUGCGACUUGGUCGGUUUCUUGAAUUGGCUCGCCGAGUUCAACAACGUCACCAAAACCUACGACAGACUUCAGUGCGAGAGCCCGGCGGAGUACGCUGGCUUCCCUCUCCUGAGCCCGAGGCCCAACAGCAACCUCAACGCCAUCAGUCUCCUCGCUUCCUCCUGUCGGAAUGGUGUGAAGGUCGUCCCGUUUUCCACGCCCAUGGCUUCCAAAGAUCCCGAAGCCUACUCGUCGGGAAUCAACCCGGCGGAAUUUUCCUCCACCGAGCCCAUCACGGCGUACACCCUGGACACGUCGAAUAGCCCCACCAUUAAGCUGCACCACGUGACCAUCACCGGGGCAACGCUGGUGGUUCAGAUCCCCUCCCCCUACAGCAGGAUGUACAUUCUGGUGCAGUACAACAACAGCUACGUUUCUGAUGUGACAAAUCUCCGCAACAGGAAGGAAUACAUUAAGCUGGAGAAGCUAAAGGCGCACACGGAUUACACCUUCUGCGUGGCUUCCAUCCAGAAGUCCCAGAGGUUCAACCACACCUGCUUGACCUUUGCGACAAGAGGGCGUAUGAUAACCCAACCGUCCAACUCUUCCACCACCACCCAUUACAUUAUGACGAUCCUGGGCUGCUUGUUUGGCAUGGUCAUUGUCCUGGGCGUGGUUUAUUACUGCUUGCGCAAGCGAAGAAUUCAGGAGGAGAAGCAGAAGUCUAUCAAUGUCAAGAAGACCAUCUUGGAGAUGAGGUAUGGGCCAGAGUCAGAAACGAGCAGUAUGAUUCACUCAAUGCAGAAGUUCCACGAGCAACCUAUAUCAGUGUCUCGGAUGUCCUCGCUCCCCUCUGUGUCUGGGGAGAAGGCACAGUUCAAGCCGCUGGAAGUCAACGAGACACCGAAAGCCACCAAGGGCAACUAUAUCGAAGUCCGCACAGGGGAGGCUGCUGACCGCAAAGAGGAGGAAGCAAAGCAGGCAGAUAAUGGAGAUGGCUCAACAGCGGAAAUCUCCACCAUCGCCAAAGAGGUGGACAAAGUCAACCAGAUCAUCAACAACUGCAUCGACGCCUUGAAGUUGGAUUCUGCGGCUUUCAUCGGCGCCGACUCCGAGAUGUCGAUCGACCGCCAAAUCACGCCGAGCACGUCGUCCUCCCAGCUGGAGAGGCCGGGCUUCCUGUCGCCGACUUACAAAGAAGGAGGUUACCCGUUGCAGCGGCAGAGCAGCGUGGACACCACCAAGAAACGCUGCAGCAUCUCGUCCAGUGGUUCGGGCAAGAGCACCCGUGUCUACAGCCUUGACCUGCCCGACCAGGUGUCCAAGACAGAGGCCAAGUACAUCGAGAAGAGCAUCCCCACCCCUACGCCUUUAAAGCGUCUUCCGUCAGUGGCCCAGGGAGAAAUUCAUCGUCUGGAGGUACAGCAAACCUACCACUGCAGUGAACAUCGCCACUCCUUCCCUGCUUUGUACUAUGAAGAACACGGGGACACUGUAAGCCAGAGGUCCACACUGUUAAAGCCACUCUCCCGUUCCAAAAGGGACUCCGCCUACUCCCAGCUCUCCCCCAGGCACCAGUUCUCCGGAUAUUCCUCCAGCCCGGAGUAUUCGUCGGAAAACAGUCACAAGAUCUGGGAGAGGUUCCGCCCCUAUAAAAAGCACCCUCGGGAGGAGGUGUACCUGGCUGCUGGCCACGCCUUGCGAAAAAAAGUCCAGUUUGCUAAAGAUGAAGACUUGCACGAUAUUUUAGAUUACUGGAAAGGUGUUUCUGCUCAGCAAAAGUUGUGA